UGCCGCGUUUCUUUUCCUCCGGAAAGCGCUCGCCUCCUUCGCCGCCCGCCUGCUCCUGCCCUAAUCCCCAGCAGCUGCACUCCCUCCCGCCGAUCAAUAAGCCUUUCACUUUUUGCCUCUUGUUUGUUCCGCGGGGAGCGGGAUCGAUAGGAGGAGGGGGCGUCUCCUCCUCGUUUCCGCUCCCCCCUCGCCGGCCGCUCCUUCUCCAAUUAGUCAGCCCUGGAGCCUGCGGGUGGGGGCGUUGUGUGCUGCCGCUGUCCUUUGGACCCCAACACCAGCCGGCAAGGCGGGAGGAUCGCGGUCUUGCUCGUCGCCUUCCCUCUCUCAACUUUUUCUCCCCCUCUUGCUCUUCCCGUGUUCGUCGUCCUCUUUGCCAAGGAGGCGUGUGAAGGUCCGCGCGGAGAUGGAAGGUAGGGAUUAGCGGGGAGCCGCCCGGGGGCCCUGGGCACCCGGAAAGGGACUCUCUCGGAGGAAGUGGUGGCAGGCAGAGAGAGUGAGAGGGAGCCCUCUGUGAGCAGCCUCGGCAUCCCGGAGCAGCAGCCAGAGCAGGGCUGACUGCGUUGCCUCUUCUCCUUGGCACAGACUUUGCCAGCUCGUGAGUGAUUCAAACAAGUGGCUCCAGCAUCACUUUGGAGAGGUGGCCCUGGAGAGCGAGGCUCCUGCUGCCCGGCUCUUCCUUCCUCCAUCGCCGCUCGCCGCCGUUCCCUGGCUUCCCCCCUCCCCUCCCCUCCCCUCCCCUCUUUUUAUUUGAGGAUGAAAUAAUGUUGACAUGCCUUGAAUUAUUAAGUAUCCCCUGGAUUUUAUUAGCACACGAUGCCUAAAUGCUGCUUGUAUCUGGUGGGGUCUUAACCGGGCGUGCGGAGGAGCGGCACACACAGCGGCGCAGGGAGCGGCGGGCAGCUCUGGCAGCUGGGCUCGUGCAGAUAAGCAAGCGGAAGCACCAGGAAGAGAUCACUAGUGAGACAAGAGCCAAGCGACGGCCAACAGCUCCCGAGAGACUGGGGCCAGGCUCCUCAGUCCUCCCCCUCCUCUUCCUCCUUGGCUGGGCUUCCUAAUUUGGGGGCGUCCUGCAGCAGCCGGGGGAGAGCGGCCGGUGCCGGGCACCCCAGGCUCCCGCUGCCUCCCCUCGGUGGGGGGGUUGCGUGCUGCCGGGUGCCUCCGCACAGAUGCCGAUUGAGAUCGUCUGCAAAAUCAAAUUUGCAGAGGAGGAUGAGAAGCAGGCGGCGAAAGAAGAAGGGGACAAGGAGAGCUUGCUAGAGGAGCCCAGCCGGCCACACCACCGCGGCCUGGCUGCCUUUGCCGGCACCAGCACAUUGCACGGCCUUAGCCACAUUUGCCGCUCGGGGCAGCUCGGGGUGCGACAGGCCCUCUGGGCACUUGCCUUUGUGGCCUCGCUGGCCUUUUUCCUGUACCAAGCCGCCCGGUCAGCCCUCUUCUACCUGGAGCACCCACAUGUCACCACCCUGGACGAGGAGGCUACUCAAAAGAUGGUUUUCCCAGCUGUCACUAUUUGCAACAUCAACCGCUUCCGCCACUCAGCCCUUACUGAUGCCGAUAUCUUCCACCUUGCCAACAUGACCGGGCUGCCACCCAAGGACCGUGAUGGGCACAAGGCCUCUGACCUGCUCUACCCUGACCCAGACAUGGCUGACAUUGUCAACCGCACCGGGCACCAACUGGAUGACAUGCUCAAGAACUGCAGUUUCAGUGGCGAGAACUGCUCUGCAGAGAACUUCACUGUGGUUUACACCCGCUAUGGGAAAUGCUACACAUUCAAUGGUGAUCGAAACAAGCCACGCGUGACACGCCAGAGUGGGAUGGGCAACGGGCUGGAGAUCAUGCUGGAUAUCCAGCAGGAGGAAUACUUGCCCAUCUGGAGAGAAACCAAUGAGACAUCAUUUGAAGCUGGAAUCCGGGUACAGAUCCACAGCCAGGAUGAACCACCCUACAUCCACCAGCUGGGGUUUGGAGUCUCUCCUGGUUUCCAGACUUUUGUGUCCUGCCAGGAGCAACGGCUGACAUACCUGCCCCAGCCCUGGGGAAGCUGCCGGGCCAGUAUGAAAGGGGAACAGAUUCUGCCUGGCUACGAGAGCUACAGCAUCGCCGCUUGCAGGCUGCAGUGCGAGAAGGAGGCGGUCGUGCGGAAUUGUCAGUGCCGCAUGGUGCAUAUGCCAGGUAAUGAGACCAUCUGCUCACCCAAUGUCUACAUUGAAUGUGCCGACCACACACUAGAUACAGCCGUUGAAGAUUCCCAGGAACGCUGUGUGUGCCCCACGCCCUGCAACUUGACACGCUACGGCAAGGAGAUCUCUAUGGUGCGCAUUCCCAACAAGGGCUCAGCUCGGUACCUUGCUCGCAAGUACAACCGCAAUGAGACUUACAUCCGGGAGAACUUCCUAGUGCUGGACAUCUUCUUUGAGGCCUUAAACUAUGAGGCGAUUGAGCAGAAGAAGGCAUACAACCUGGCAGGACUCCUAGGGGACAUUGGCGGCCAAAUGGGCCUGUUCAUCGGGGCUAGUGUGCUCACCGUCUUGGAAAUCCUUGACUACAUCUAUGAGGUGAUCCGUGACAAGGUAGCCCAUGGCCUACGACGUCCUAAACCACCUCUGAAGAAGCCUUCAGGAAGCAUCGCCACCCUGGGACUGGAGGAAAUCAAGGAGCAGAGCCCCUGUGAGACCCUGGGCCGUCACUCCGAAGGCACCUACCCCACGGGCCUGCUGCCAAACCAUCACCACCGCCACCACUACUCGCCCCAAGGGGUCUUCGAAGACUUCGCUUGCUAGUCCAGCUCAGGCACAGCUCCCAUCCCCAGCGGUGGCCGCACUUCUGGAGCAGAUUUGGGAACGGCAGGUCCUGCCCUGUGCGAACAGCCCUUCCAAGUCCCAAGGCCAGGCCCCAGCCACCCUCUCCCUCCUCUGGAGGCACCCAGAAGGCCUUCAAGGCCUCUUGCCCCUUUCCUCCUGUAGCCCAUCGUCCUCGCAGCUGCCCAGCCCAGCCAGCCUCCUCCCCAGGGCUCCGUGUCCCCUCCCCCUAUAGAAGCACAGAGAGCACAUCGGUUGCCAAGAUCCGGUGGGCAGAAGGGCCUCCGAGCUGCUCCACCGACAGGAAGCAGGCUUGGCUGGGGCAGCCCAUCCCGAGCAUCCAUGUGGGAGGAAGCGCCCUGGGGAACAUGGAGUAUGCUCCGGAGCGAAGAUGCUGCCUCGGAAGGUAGAGGCUGCACUCAGUUCCAGAGCCAAGUUCGAUAGGGUAGCACCAGCCAGCCAGCUGUUGGAAACCCUAUGUGGCCUUGUCUGCCUCGGCCACAGACUCCACCCGGUGGCCAAAAUGUUCCUUCCGACACCUUUCACUUUGUACAGUCCUGUCCAGCAUUAGCAUCCUGACUGACACCCACCCACUCCCCAAUCCUUGCGCUCCUGCAUCAGACUCACUAGGCUAUUACCAUUAGGGGUGUCUCAGGGCAGAAAAGAGGUUCUGGGUCCCAUUCACUCCAGCUGAGCAGCGCCCUGUUGCCUGCUUGUUGCUGCCCACCUUGGGACUGCGCUCACAACAGGGUUAAGCACCAUAAAUCCUGCCCUUGCGUGGGAGAACCAGGAUGUGCUCCCUCAGUAUAUGGGCACUGGCCCUCCCCCGUCCCCCCCCCCCCCAUGGCUGGCCAACUUUCACCCUCCCACAAACACAAUUGUAUAUUUGUACAUAACUGUUUUGGGCCAGUGGUUUUUAGCCAGAUAUCCAGUCCCCAAUUGCUGCAACUGCCCCCUGCUGGCAUUGCCAAAAACUGCUGGCAAGGCUGAUCUAGUCAUCAAAAUCUCAGGUUUCCUCCCAGCCCAAGCCGAGACAGACACAGCAGGGGGCUGUUGGCAGCAGAGAGCCCAGGUUCCCCUGGGGCACCCACUUCCCAGCUGUACAGCCGCUCCCUCCCCUGAUUGUCCCCCUGCCCUCCUCUUCCAACAGCAUUCAGGGCCCAAGCCAAAAGCAACCACCCCACCCCCAGGAGAAGAGACGGCGCAGGGGACUUCAGAUUCACAGGGGUCCUGCACAACACCAAAGGGAGGACAGGAGCUCCCCCACUCCCUCGACUCGGACCAUAGACCAAAGCACUUGAUAGCAGACUUGUCCAGAGCAGGGGGUGGAGGGACGCUGAAUCCUCCAAGUGUCAGGGAUGGGUCCUCCUAAAGCACACCGGCGGAAAGGUGUGGCAGCCACCAGCUGUGUGGAGGGGCACCGCAGGAAGAAGCCAAUCCAACCACCUUGCACUGUCUUUGUGGGGCAAGGGCAUGUCCCCGAGCCCCAGCUGCAGCCCACUGCUCCCAUGUAGCAAACCAGAGGGCCCCCGGCAUGCACAGUCCAAAAAACGAGGAACUGCCAUGUGUGCACCUGUGCUUCUGGGGGUGCAUCUUUAGAAAGGAAGUAGGCCCUCACGGAAAUACGCUGCAAACGUUCUCCCUCUCAUCCCGGGAAAACACAAAGAUCUUGUGCAGAUCACUGUCAAAAGCUAAGCACAUCUGGGCUUUGGGCUGCCCUUGAGGGUCUAGGAUGUUGAGGAGUACGUCCAUCAGCCUGCCUGAUGGAAACACGUGCAAUUCCUGGCGGUGCAGCCCUUCGGGCCGUGUGGGGCUCUUGCUGGGGCCCAGCCAAGGAUCUUCCUGGGAGGGGCUUAUCAUCCCGUAACUUUACUAAGCGCGAGUCGCUGUUUUACAAAUGUACAAGUUUCUCCCAAUAAAGAGGCACAAGUAGAACUCCA